AUGGACGUAGCGACAAGACGUGGCUGGCUGGUCUUGGUGGCGUUGGUGCUUGCCAUCUUCGCAUCGACCCUCCCCCCGGCGCAAGCCCUGGAGACAUUCAAAUGCCGCGUCCCGCGCGUACUCGUCACCACCGAGAGCGGCGGAAGCGGUCUGUCGGCGAGCGAGGUCGAGGUGCUCAUCGGCAAGAACCCCAAUUUCGUUGAUCCCUCCUCCACCCACUGGACCUGCACCGACGGCAUCGCCGGCGGCGAAGCCCUCUCCACCCCCGGUGGUGACUCGGGCGAGUUCUUGAUGGGUCUCGCGCUGUACGCGGCAGAGAUGAAGAAGUUCUACCCCGACUACGAGCUCUCCAAACACGAGGUGCACGAGAUGUUCAAGGAAUUCCUCGGCAGCAUCGACGAGUCCCGGUCCUUCUACAUGCACAUGGACGCGAACGUGUACAAGCUCCUGCAGGAGAAGUUGGUGCCGAUUCUGGGCACCAACCCCAACAUCUACUACGUACCCGAGACCAAGCAGGAGCAGGUGCUGAAGUACCUGACCGACCCCGACUACGUGGGCUGCUCCCACCUCCACGCCAUCAUGAUGUUCCCCGCCAAAUACAGCAUUCCGCGCGACACUGUGACGUACUUCCUGUCGUCGUUCUACGAGUACAUGUGGAACCACGAGUCCAGCGACAAGCUCGUGCUGGCCAUCACCGACGCCGUGCCCAUCGAUGGCUCCCGCACCGAGAUGGCCUACAUCAAGCUCGGCGCCGAACAGUCUGCGCUCGAUCUCGCCGACCAGUGCAAGAACAUGGCGCCGGUGGUCUCAGCCAAGACGGCCAAGGGCAGCGUGUUCCUGGCUCAGCCGCAGUUCGUCGGAGGCGUUCGGGAUUCGAUCGUUUUCUUCUUCUCGCGCAAGCUCCAGUCGUUGAUCGGUGAGCAGGACGUCAGCGAGGUCAACAUCGUGGAGCAGAUGGCCGAACUCGCCGCGACCCAUCUUCAGCUCUCCAUCACCAAUUUGGCCAAGGGCAAGCCCGUGUACAAGGUCACCAUGCUGUUGGACAACACAUCGAGUCUGCUGCGCCUGAUCAUCGCAUCCGUCGUCUCCAUCCUCCUCUUCAUCCUGCUCUUUGCCUCCAUCACCUACAUCAAAUUUCGUCAGCUCAUUCACGAAGAUGACGAGCACGAAGUGUAA